GGUGCAUGGUAGUGACAUUUAAGUCUGGGUCCCUUCAUUUUCUGUUAUUUAAGAAUUGUAAAUUCUAUUGCCUUCCGUAGAUUCUUUCUUUUUUAAAAUUUCAGGGAAAUAAGCACGUGAGCGGGUGGAGUAAAGGAAACACAUAUUUCCUGAAGUGACAUGCUGUUUUUUUAGUACUGCUUUCAUUCCAUUUAUCAAGCUUGACUGUCCUUCAUCUGACUAAGUGAGAGGUUUUUUGUGCUUCAGUUUUUGGUCCCUCAAGCUGGUUGAAAUGACAACUGUCCUGCUUCAUAUCACGACCGUCCUUCUCGUCUUCUGGGUGCCUACUAUGCGCUCAUGUGAAGUCAGCAUCCAUCCCAAAGUAAAUGCUGUGAUGUUUGGGGCUUCUUUGAAUCUGACAUGCACAGUUUCAUGUAGCAACUAUUCUGAACUCAGAUGGGAAGUGGCUCUUCCAUUCGUGCUCAAGAAGGGAGAUGGUUGGAUUAAUCUGUAUAUAGCCAGAGUGACUGAAUGGUCACUUCCACUGUCAUGCUUAGUUAACUAUGGAGACUUUAAUCAAACCUACACCAAGAAAGUAAUUUAUGUUUACGAAUUCUCUACUCCAGUAAUAUAUCCAGUUUCUGAAGUUCUGAACGAUCAUUUGGAAAAAAUCGUGUGCAACGUCUCUAGCUUGAAGGUGAGGGGCUCCAUCCCAUCUCACAGCAACAUUUCCCUGAGCAGAGAUGGCCAUACCCUGAACAGUAGCCAUGGAAAACCAUCUGUGGAGUACAAUUUUGUGCCUAAUUUAGAGCAGGAUGAUGGGGCUGAGAUCCUCUGUGAGGCCAACCUCCUGUUGGGUGCACAAGUGCUGAGAAAAAAUGCAAAUCAAACUUUGAAGGUUGUGGCUAGCCCUUAUAAUGUCAGCAUAUCAGCUACUCAUGUGACUUACAAAGUGGAUUCAAAAAUUGUGGUGACAUGCAAUGCUAAAGGAAAACCCCAUCCAGAAUAUUCCUGGGAUCUUCCCUCCAAAGUUAAUGUGGAAUUUUCAAAUAACAAUAAGAUAGUAACGGUUCAUUCAGCGAAGGAGUUCCAUAAUGGGACUUACCGUUGCCUAAUACAUAAUGUUUAUGGCAAGAAUUCAGCACAGGUUGACAUUGUCUUUGAAGGGAAGUCUCGCAACUGGGUUAUAGCCCCGGUGAUAACAAUGUUAGUAUUGGGCUCAAUCAUCAUUGGUGGUGUCUUUUACUUUUGCCGAAAACGAUAACUAUAAGAGUGGGCAGAUUGGCAUUCCUUUUGGAUGAAGAGGCAGAAUUUGCAGGGGAUCCCUUUCCAGCUACAGCAGAAGCCAGAAUGAGAAGGAAUCUUUGUUUUCAUUCACAAGUCUACACAGCAGCACAGGCAGAAUUUGGAUAAUCUCCUCUACGGUGCCUGAUCUACAUUCAAUUACUGCCGAAACCAGAAAACGUUCCUCUGAGCACCUGAGGACUUUUAGAGAAAUUGAAAUGUGUGCCAAGCCAAAGCAAGAAGUUGGGUAGAAGCAAAACUUGUAUCAGGUAUGAGAUUCAGGUACCUGAGUGCUUUACAGUUGGGAAUAGGAAAAAAAAAUGUUUCUAGUUCUUAGAGCUAAGUAUCAUAUAUAUAUAAUAUAUAUAAGGAUUAUACCUGCUGAAAUCUCAGAAUGUGAAAAUGGAUCCCCAGUGACUUCAGGUAGGAUUCUUUAGUCUUCCCCAGAGUUAUCAAAAUUUGAAUAAUGUAGGCAAAUUAAUACGUCACACAUUUUUAACUCCGUAUUGGAUUUCAAUUGCUAUAUUUAAUAUAUUAUAAACAAUUGAGUUGUCUACAUUUUCUAAACAGAUCUAUUUUAUCCUUCUCCCUUUUGCUUUGCUACAGCUCAUACAGGCUGCCCCGUGUCAAUUAAUAAGUAAAGUUUACAAAAUUUCACAUCUUUCAUUGAAAUAAUUUUAGCCUUUGGUUGCAAUCUUAUGCAAAAUACCAGAGAAGUGAAACUAGAGAUUAUGACUACUUAUUUUUAAAUUCUUGCAUUUAUGGAUGGUUUUUUUUCUAUUUUGCUUCUAUCAAUAAAAAUAUCUUGUUUAAAAUGA